GGACAAUCCAGUAACCCUAGUUUAAGCGGUAGUAGGAAGAUGCGUGGCCAAUCGGAAGGCGGGGCCCUGGGGGUUGCCGAACCAGCCCAGCUGGUUGUUCGCUUGGAGGAUCUGCUUCUUCUUUCACGUUAUGAGGAGGCAGCGCGUGCAUCGUCUGAGCUGCUGUCACAAUGGUCCGAGGGGCCGAAGGCUCCGGAUGCGCUGCUGCAACGAGCCCUGGUGGCAGCGCUUCAAGCACACUUCUUUAGCGGAAGGCAAGGAGAAGUAGAGCUCCUACUAGAGGCGCUGGGAGUGCGACGCUUGCCAGUUCCGACGUUCCUAGCAUGGAUGCUCCUGCUGUUGGAGUCGCAGCAGGCCUCAGCCGCGCGGCGGCGUGUAGAGAGCUACAUGGCGGAGCUCGUGGCGCAGCUGCGGCAGCAGCAGCAGCCCCAGGAGCAUCUAUCAGCGGGGUGUGCAGCCGCAGCAGCAGCCUCGGACCUCCAAGCUACUUCCCCGGGAGCUGCAGAAGCUGGCGGGGACAACCAGGAACGAUCAAUGCAGUCAGAGGCAAGCGCUACAUCAAGGGCAGCAGCAGAAGCUGCAGCUGCUUCGCCUGCGCCUGCCGUCUCCUUACAGGACCGCGCUGCUCUCGCCCGCCUGUACAGCCAAGACGUUCUCACACAGGGUCUCCGGCUGCCGGAGGAGGCGCUGAGGUGGCUGCAACCGCAGAGCCACCGCGCCUGCGGCGAGGCAUCUCACACACGACCCACUGCGACGGCAUUAGCAGCAAAGACCGGGACAGGGGCAGCGGCGCCGCAGGGAACGGGGACGGUGGGGGUGGUGGACGCGGUGGAGUUGCUGGGCGGUGAGGCGGCGGUGGCGGGGCUGCGCAGCGAGCUUGAGGAGCUGCUGACAGCAGCAGGGUUCAAGGUACCCGCCCUGGGCCCGCCUGAGGCGACAGCAGGACAGCAAAUUGAGCAGCAGCAGUGGGAACAGCAGCAGCAAAGCUGUGGCUGCGAUAGUCUCAGUAAGGUAGAGGGGAGGGCAAUGGCACAGACGCAGUCGGCCUGCAGUGGGAACAGGGCGCUGCACGGCAGCGGUAGCAGUAGCCAGGCUAGGGCG